AUGAAAUUUUCAAAGGUUUUAUUCAUUUUCUCCGUUUUUCUCGCUGUUAAAUAUUUUAAUCCAUGCCACUGUGAUAAUGAAAAUGCUCCUAGUGAACAAAUUAUUCAAGUACCAAGCAGUGCAUUAGAUGAAGCUUCAUUGGCAAAAGUUGAUUUAGAUAUAGAAAAGAAGAAGAGAAACGAAAAAUUAUUGUUAAUUUCAUCAAUUGCUACUGGAUUAGCAGUACUUAUAGCUAGUGCAGUUGGACUUGGAAUAUAUACUAAAAAGAGAGGUGAAAGUGAAGAAGAAGAACCUGCAGAAAAAAAUUCUAAUGAAGAAACAAAAAAUAGUGAACAAGGAGAUGAAAACUAA